UCUCGUAGCUAUUACUCAAUUAUAACAUUUCCCAGGAAUCCUUAGUAGAUGCAAUAUAGUGUAUUAAUUACAAUACAUACCGCAGUCGUAUUGGGUCGGUGAAGCGUAGGACUGAUGUAGACCAUCGAGUUCAGGAAAACAAAAAUUUCGCGGAAAGUCUCUACAAUAAGAUAUCUAGACACAAUUAAAGGAGGAUUGAUCGUUACAGUAAAAGAGAAAUUGCAAUCAUGCUUUCAAAUAUCCCAUGCAAAACGUUGGUAUUUCUGGCUUGUUUGGUGGCCACAUCCUCUGGUUUGCCAGUAAAUGACGCCGAGGUUGAUAAAUUACAGAAAAAAGUUGAAAAUAUGGAGAUGACUGUCAAAAAUCAACAAAAUAGCAUCCAAGGUUUGGAAAGCAAAUUUCAAAGUCAAGAAAGAAGAAUCCAAACACAAGAAAGCCAGACUCAAAAUCAGAGCAAGAUUAUUCAAGAUCAAGGAAAUGCGAUUAAAGAGCUUGAAAACGAAUAUAGAGGUAUUCUCGACUUCAUUCAUACAUCGCAUUAUGCGACGUGUGCAGUAUUGAAACGACAAUCAUCUUCAACCUCAAAUGGAAUGUACAAUCUGUACCCCACAAGCUCACGUUUGCCUGCCAGAGUCUACUGUGAUAUGACGUCAAAGGGUGGUGUUGGUGUGACAGUGAUUGCACAUGACAGUCAAUCGAGGACACUUGUGAAAGGAUACGAGGCCGCGGGUUCCUACAGGCGAAAUAUUACAUAUGAUAUCUCAAUGGAACAGAUUGUUGCCAUUAUGAAGCGGUCGAAGGGGUGCGAGCAGUAUAUAAAGUACGAGUGCUAUCGUAGUAUGCUGCUGAAAGAAUCUGACGGUUGGUGGGUAUCACGUCAAGGUUUAAGGAUGAAUUACUGGGGUGGAGCGCCAGUCGACAGUGGGAAAUGUGGCUGUUCGCAGGGACGUUGUGCCGGCUUGCGAGGUUGUAACUGUGACAAAAAUGAUGAUGAAUGGCGUCAAGACAGCGGAUACCUGACAGACAUGAGGACGCUGCCUGUUACUGAACUCAGAUUCGGAGACACUGGCGGAGGUCCAAGAAUAUCGUGGUGGAAAGAUGAAUCGGGCUAUCAUACAUUGGGAAAAUUGCGUUGCUGGGGUUAAGAUUUGAAAUACGAGACCAACAUAUUAAGAUUCUUGACUUUCUAUAUAUCAAACUGUUACUUUUUUUAUAGUGAUAUAAUUAGAUAUAGAAAUACGACAUAAAUCACAGUGUAUUCAACCGUUUAUUCAAUCGUGUAACAUUUGGUAAUUGUGUAGUUAACGAGGCUUUUCAACUAUGGUCUAGGUUGUUAUAAUUAAAAAGAAGAGCUUAAACACGUUUUCUGUAAAUUUGGUUUUAGAGAAUUUGUCUACACCGUGUUUAGUGUGAAGAAAUAAAACCGUGCCCUUUGGAA